ACCCAAAAACACUGAAUUAUUUCAGUGGUGAUGAUUUUAUCAAAGUUGGUCUUAAAGAAGAAAAGAUUGUCUCUUCUGAUUGGCGCGACUAGGAUUUACUUUCCCACUUUUCUCCACGUUCCACGCCCUCAUUUCGCGCGUGUAAAUUUUGUCAAAACCCUGCACUCGGAAACCCCUCAAAACUCUCUCUCACUCGCCUCCGCAGCGCGUCGGCGUCCGCAACCCGACCUCGCUCUAGGCUUCGUCGAAAGCAGCAUCGCCGAGAAAACAAGGAACACGAUAGAGACAAAGAGGUGGUGUGUUUGGUUUUGAUUGGCUGAUGAGAGUUUAGAGUUAGUAAGAGAGAGAGAAAAGAGUCGCAGUUAACGAACGAACAAAAAGCCCAAUCAAUCAGCCUCCUCUGUUCUGACAACCCAAAACAAUGGCCGAGUUGACUCAGGGUGAGGUGGUCUACUCGCCCAAGACUCUCCAAGUAUGGCGAGCCUUGGUGAACUGGUUCGGCUUCUUCUUCCAGAUCUUCCUCCAAAUCCUCAGAGCCCUCGGUCACCACCCCCUCCUCUCUUCUUCGUCUUCGGCUUCGUCUUCUUCCGCCUCCUUCAAAUCCCUGCCGGUCGUUGAGUUGCAGGAGCUCGAGCACGACUCUCCCGCCGCCUCCGCCGUUGAAAUCGCCGACACCCCAGAUGCCGACUCCGACGACCGCAUCCACAAGCUCACGGUAGUUCUUGACCUGGAUGAAACUCUAGUGUGUGCAUAUGAGUCGUCUAGCUUGCCCGCUGUCGUUCGAGAUCAAGCUACAGAAGGUGGGUUGAAGUGGUUUGAGCUUGAAUGCGUAUCUUCAGACAAGGAAUGUGAUGGGAAACCAAAGGUCAAUUAUGUUACUGUCUUUGAGCGUCCCGGGUUGCAAGACUUCUUAAGACAAGUCAGUCAGUUUGCAGAGCUGGUGUUGUUUACUGCUGGUCUUGAAGGUUAUGCUAGACCACUUGUUGACAGAAUAGAUGUUGAUAAUCUAUUCAGUUGUCGACUUUAUCGGCCUUCAACAACCAGCACGGAAUACCGGGAGCAUGUGAAGGAUCUCUCUGGCCUAGCAAAGGAUAUGCGCCGAAUUGUUAUUGUUGACAACAACCCUUUCAGUUUCUUGUUGCAACCUUUGAAUGGAAUUCCAUGCAUUGCAUUUUCUGCUGGGCAAACACACGACACACAGCUUUUGGAUGUUCUUCUUCCACUCCUCAAGCACCUCUCCCUGCAGAAAGAUGUAAGGCCAGUGCUUUAUGAAAGGUUUCACAUGCUUGAAUGGUUUCAAAAGCAGGGGAUUCCUUCAACAAGUUGGAAAUAGUAGGAUUUUCAAUAAUUAUAUGCAAUGAAAUUCCCAUUCUUCUUUCAUGCAAAUCCUCAACCGUUGCUUAGUUCAAGCCUCAAAGGGAGUGUCUGUACAGCUUCAGUGUGUGCACUGCAAUUUGUUGAUACAAGGCUGUCUUUUGACCAGAGGUCCUAGUGCUUCAUCUCACUAUCAUACGAAAACCAUUUGUGUCUAGAUUUGUUUACUAUGAUUUUUGUGUAACUUUGUCUAUAUUGCUUGCUGUUCUCUUCAAUCCCUUAUGUAAUUUGUUAGGAUUUUGUGAAAUUGUUGCCAAUAAUUAUUAGCAGUUUAUACGUUUCUCAUCA